AUGAGACCUAUCUUAUUACAAGGACACACUCGUUCGCUCACGCAGAUCAAAUACAACCGCGAAGGCGAUCUUCUCUUUUCAUCAGCAAAAGAUCACGUUGUCAAUGUAUGGUUUUCGCAUAAUGGUGAACGAUUGGGAACUUAUAACGGUCAUAUCGGGGCUGUUUGGACAGUUGAUAAUAUCACUUUCUUUAACUCUCUCUCGCCUUCCACUUGCAUAGCUGCAAGUAAGCUACUAUUGUCAGGCUCAGCAGAUAACACCGCAAAACUCUGGGAUGUACGAACAGGCAAAUGUUUGCAUACCUGGGAGUUUCACACUGCUGUGAAGAGAAUCGCGUUUUCUGAGGAUGACACAAUGGCAUUAGCCGUCACUGAACAGCAAAUGGGAUACCAGGGGGCCGUGGCUAUUUUGAAAAUAGACUCUGUGCUUGAGACAGGGGAGCAGGAUGAGCCUUUUGUGAUUAAUCCUGAACCGACGAAGGCUGUGGUUGCUGCUUGGGGGUAUCUUAACAAAUAUCUUAUUAUUGGGCAUAAGGAUGGGAUGAUUUCUCAGUAUGAUUGGAAGACUGGUCAAAAGCUAAAUUCUAAGCACCCCCAUUCCGAUGUAAUCACCGAUCUCCAAAUGUCCCCAGAUCGUACUUACUUCGUAACAUCCUCAAAAGAUAAGUCAGCUCAACUGUUUGAAUCCAACACUCUCAAUCCUCUCAAGAAAUACGUCACAGACUGUCCGUUGAUCUCUGCAUCCAUCACUCCAAUUCAAGAUUUUAUAAUUGUUGGUGGUGGUCAAGAUGCCAUGCAAGUGGCUGGUACAUCGAGAGGGAAGUUUGAGUGUAGGUUCUGGCACAAAAUAUUGGAGGAGGAAGUAGGAAGAGUUAAAGGCCACUUUGGACCUAUAAAUACGAUUGCGGUACAUCCAGACGGUAAAAGCUUUUCCUCGGGUGGAGAGGAUGGAUAUAUCAGAGUACAUCAUUUUGAUGAAGAUUAUUUCAAGUUUACAUACCCUGAGUUUCAGCAUAUUGGUGCUUGA